UACUGGCGGUGCGAAAUUCCUUGAAUGCAACCGACCGAAUGACCCCGCGGGGAACAGUUAACGGGAAACCGCCCUGGUUUCGUAAAAAGUCAUUCCAGAGCUAUGCGGUGCGAAAGCUAAGACAUGAUUUAAACUAGUUAUUUCCUAUAUCCCAUACCUUUUGGCUGUUCACUAAGAGAUGAAAGUAACAACAACCGAAGGUAUAGGGACCCCUUGGACUCUCACUCAUGGUCAAGUUGCGUAAGACCUGGAAAGGCAGAGAUGAAUAUUUGCUGGUUAAACUGUAAUGUGAAGUGAGGUAGACCUGAAGCAUUCACUCGUUCUGCAAACUAGACGACAGCUCAUUAUGUCUGGAAAGGAGUUUGAAUCUCUGGAGAAUAUACUGCAGACGCAUUUACCGGAACCAGAGCUCAAAGAUGUCAGAAGACUGCUCUUCGGUAAAGAACUCAAGAAGCUGGAACUUCCCCAGAGUGCAAUAGAUGCAGCGGUGGAUAAAGAAUUUGAUCUAAAGGGUUAUGCAUUUGAGGCUGCGCCAGAGCAGCUCAGACCACCCAGGACUGUCCGUGUGGGACUCAUUCAAAAUAAGAUAGUCCUCCCCACUGAUGCUCCUGUGCUUGAUCAGAUCACAGCUCUGCACAAGCGUAUAGGAGACAUGGUAGAGGUAGCAGCUAUGUGUGGUGUCAAUAUAGUGUGCUUCCAAGAAUGCUGGACAAUGCCAUUUGCUUUAUGUACAAGAGAAAAGGAGCCAUGGACAGAGUUCGCUGAAUCAGCCGAGGACGGUCUUACUACACGCUUUUGUAUACAGCUGGCCAAAAAAUACAACAUGGUGGUGGUGUCUCCCAUUUUGGAGAGAGAUGAGGUCCAUGGCGGAACGGUGUGGAACACGGCAGUAGUAGUGUCCAAUAAUGGCAAUGUUCUGGGCAAAACACGGAAGAACCACAUUCCACGUGUGGGAGAUUUCAAUGAGUCUACAUAUUAUAUGGAAGGCAACACAGGCCACUCUGUAUUCCAGACACAGUUCGGGAGGAUUGCUGUUAACAUCUGCUUUGGUCGGCACCAUCCUCUGAAUUGGUUAAUGUAUAGCGUGAAUGGAGCAGAGAUCAUCUUUAACCCUUCAGCCACGGUUGGAGCGCUCAGUGAACCAAUGUGGCCGAUCGAGGCUAGAAACGCUGCCAUCGCCAACCACUGCUUCACCUGUGCCAUCAACCGUGUGGGCACGGAGCAUUUCAAGAAUGAGUUUACAUCUGGGGAUGGAAAGAAAGCGCACCAUGACUUUGGGCACUUUUAUGGCUCCAGCUAUGUAGCUGCACCGGACGGCAGCAGGACCCCAGGGCUAUCCAGAACCCGUGAUGGACUGCUGGUUACCGAGCUCGACUUGAACCUUAAUCGGCAAGUUGCCGACAAAUGGAACUUUAAGAUGACUGGGAGGUAUGAAAUGUAUGCAGAAGAGCUCGCCAAAGCCGUCCGACAUGACUUCAAACCCAACAUUAUAAAAGAGUGAGAAGGUAUCAGCAUCUGAAGGACAGAGAGGAGCCAAGACCUGCAGGUCCCACAUUUCUGAAGCCCAACAUUUUUCACAAAAUAACUGCGUAGAUCAACAAUAGACGUAGACAUAUGGAUUAAAAAUCAAAUCCAACUUUUAUUAACUUCUUAAACGCAACUAUUUAAUUCUUCAAAAAUAAAAUUUGCCAUAUUA